AAGCAUUACAUUGAAGAAGCGUCUCAUUAAUUUAACCUUUUUCGAAAAAAAUUGUUAACGAAUUACUAGAUAUUAGACUUGUUUAGGGGUUUAUUACUUAAUAAAAGACCUAAAGAUGUCUGAAAGUGCUGGUAAUUGGUGUCUAAUCGAAAGUGAUCCAGGGGUGUUUUCUGAAUUAAUCAGGGAAUUCGGUGUUAAAGGCGUGCAGGUAGAGGAACUGUGGAGUUUAGAUGGAGAUCAGUUUGAUAACUUGAAACCUAUCCAUGGACUGAUAUUUCUGUUCAAAUGGACUAAAGAUGAUGAUCCUUCAGGUUCAAUUGUAGAAGAUAAUAGGUUGGAUAAAAUAUUUUUUGCAAAACAGGUCAUCGAUAAUGCUUGUGCAACUCAGGCAAUACUAAGUAUAUUACUCAACUGCCGUCAUCCCGAUGUGAAGAUAGGUCAUACACUGUCAGAACUCAAAGAUUUUUGUCAAGGAUUUGACGCAAAUAUGAAAGGAUUGACCAUUAGUAAUUCCCCAGUUAUUCGUACGGUUCAUAAUUCAUUUGCAAGGCAACAAUUAUUUGAAUUUGAUAAUUCCUCGAAUAGUAAAACACAAGAUGCUUUUCAUUUUGUUGGAUAUGUCCCCAUUGAUGGGAGAUUGUAUGAAUUAGAUGGCUUAAAAGCUGGUCCUAUCGACUUGGGUGCAAUCCCAGCCGAAACAGAAUGGACGGAUGUUGUGAGACCUAUUAUUGAAAAAAGGAUCCAGAAGUAUAGUGAAGGGGAAAUACAUUUCAAUUUGAUGGCUAUUGUAAGUGAUAGAAAGAUGUUAUACGAGAGACAAAUUGAAUCGCUGCAAAAGCAACUGGAUGAUAAUCCAGAUAAAGAAAGUAUAAAGAGUGAGAUAGCAAAUUUGAAGUUGCUGAUUGAGGAAGAAGAAAAUAAGAAGAGGUCUUACCAAAUUGAAAAUAUCAGAAGAAAGCACAAUUAUAUUCCUCUAAUAAUAGAAUUAUUGAAAAUAUUGGCUAAAGAAGGUAAAUUAGUUCCUUUAUAUGAGGAAGCUAAAGAGAAAACAUUGAAGAGGCAGAAAACUAAAUAGUCUGAAUCUGUAAUAUUUAAAAUCAAUAAAUAUAAGUGAAUAUCUGA